GCACGUAGGUCGAUGUCCGAAAAUCGUCGGCCAAUCCACGCGCGGCUUUCUCGUCGGGGAACCAGUCAAGCACGUUGACAGAUAUGCAACGGUUGGCCGCAGGAGCUUGCAUAUUUCGAAUGGCAUUUUCUCGUGCGGAUAACGACGUAUCGCGUAUCGCUUCGAUCUAUCGGAUCAGGCGAAAUUCUCGUGACGAUCCACCGGUUUUCGAAGAAAUGCGCGAUUUCGGUGCGAGUGCAGCCCAUUUUGCGCAGUUUCCAUGACCCAGAUUACGAUGGGGAGUUCGCUCGCCUUUCGGAACAGCUGUUGGCCGCACAAAGAUGUCGGCCGCGGGGAAACGCUUGGAUAUUUGGUGUAUUGCGCGCGCCUCUUGGCGGCUUCGCCGCCACAAUUUUCAGGCCCGUAUCAACACGCGACACGUUAGGCGCCUCGCGGAUUUUGUUCACACGCAACGAUGCAACCUGCGGUUCCCUUCAAGGAUGAUAUCUCGAUCGGAACUUUUCUGUGAUCAAUCACGAUAAGUAGGUUUUCGAUUCAAACUAUCAUUUAUCGAAAGAUAGAAACUCUCGCAGCGACAAACCGAGUCGUAAACGAAAUUACUACCGAGAACUGCCUAUUAAAAAAUUGUGUUCUGCGUUUAAUUUUGUAAUGCCGUUUCUUUUUUUUCUUCGUUUUUGUCUUUCUCCUUGCUCUUUCUCUUCACUCGACGUUGUCCGUGCAAACCAUCGAGGCUCAGCUUGUACGAAAUUGCUCGUCUGAUUUGCUGUCUUAUGUGAAUUUGAUCGUCUUUCGUGACGUUAUUAAAAUUACAUAUGCUGUAAAGAUACCGCCGCCGCCGUCGCCGCGGUGAUAUUCGAAGUAGCAAAAGUUCCGAAGCUCGUCGUCGUAGAACUUAGUUUUUCGUCUUUCGGUAAUCUGUUAUGUUACGUGACGUAGGAGUUCGUGCGGAAGUGUCAGCUUCGAAUAAAACUUAUUUAUUUGGAUUUGAACGGCAUUCGAGAUUGUUCAUACGCGCUUCUCGACGUACUCUACAUGUACGUACGUGCGACGUGCGUGCUUACGUAUGUAUUUACACACACGUGUGCACGUGCGCGUGAUACUUGGACGCGUUAGUCGUAUGCCGUGUAUCGUCGAUAUUAACUACAGUAAUGUACCGUGUAUGAUCGUCGUUGUUAAGAACGUUCGUCGUCGACGAUGUUCUGUAGCAACAACAUUCCGUAUGAUUCCGGGCACCACCGGUUGAAGCGAUUGAUAUGUGUGUACGUAUACGCAUUUAUUUGGUACACGUCCUCCCGGCGAACACAGUGAAAAAAAUGAGUGAAGAACAAUAGAGGUUCGCCGCGAAGAAAAGUUUGGCGGGUAGCUUUGGCGCGGUGCGUGCUGCAUGGCACACGUAUAUGUAUAGAUACGCUGCUUUGCAGGAGGUACCCCGCGAGUCGUCGGGGAACAGAGACCAGAGACGCUGAACGGAUGAAUACGGUCCUGCGCGAUCCCCUCCACCUUCCUCGUCCCGCUACGCGACCAGUCAGUUCCUUGUUUGCCAUACAAAAUCCAAUAGUUUGCCUUGUACCUCGAGAGAGUGCGAAUAUGCCUUUUGCAUUUGCCUUUUUUUUUAAAAAGUGCGGUAACUCGUCGAUAUACUCGCGAAAAUGUGCAUUUUACUGAAUCUGUUCACACACACGACAAGAUUCCGGUGGUUUUGAGGCGGAGAUACUAAGAGAGCAUAGUGAAUCCUUCGUCCGGAGAGCUACACAGGCCGACCGGCCCGUUAAGGCUUCGUCGAUUUUUUGGUCGAGUGAAAAGAACGGGGCCGAAGCUUUCGUCGGGCCGACGAGCGAAUUUCGGUUCGAGGACCGGGAAAAGGAGCUACCUGUGUCUACUGCGAGAAGAAAACGUAGACGUAGUGUGUGUGUGUACGCAGCUCGCGAAGUGUGUACGUUGGAAUAUCUCGAGAGGUGGACUCUUUUGUGUAAAAGGAGCGACGGCAGGACGAAUAUUUUUUCACUGGAGCACUCGGGAAAAUGUGUUAUGUAUUUACGUGGAAUAUUGCGUAACGUCGAGGGCCGGGAAGUGUUUGGAAACGUGCAACACUGACAAACCUCACUUCGACGACUUCGCGGCGCGGCCCGUGGUAACUGGUAACGUGCGUCCGUGUGUGCAGCUGGCUUUACCGGCUCUAUUUCGUCGUCUCUUCUGUCCGAACGAAAAUUCUCUCCUGCUACUGCCAGCCUGUCCGCCGCCGCCGCCGCCGCCGCCGCCGCCGCUGCCGCCGUCGCCGUGUAUCGCGAUACAGAAAUUUUUCCGCGCGGUAACCAACCAAUUCCACACCGACGCUUGUGUUUCUCCUCGUGGAACGGUGGAACACAAACUUUCCUCGUGAACGGAAUCGACAUCGGCACAACUUUGACUUUCAACCUCGACCACUUGCCUUACUGGAUCGGAACUCGCGACCAAAUUUUUUGCUGCAGCAACCCGCGACACUCUUUUCAGAUGGAAAUUGCGUUUCCAAUGUGAUCUGCGAUGAAACGUGUUCGUGGGCUGGACGAGGUAGCAUCACCAGCAGCAGCAACGUUAAAGCACUCGUCGUCGGUGAGUGCGGGAAGUGGCUUAGGCGGCGGAGGAGGUGGCUUGGAGUUCCAUUCGAGCAGCGGAAUAGGCGUUGUCGUACCUGGCCAAGCAGUUCGAACAGUCGGUUCGAAAGAAAUGCCGGGAAGCAUACAAUUCGGAACUGCCCAAACUCAACAGCAAUACGCCGGGGCAAUCGUAGUACCGACCGCGGCUCCGUCCCCCAUUAAGGGAAGUGGAUCCACGGGACUCGGUACGUGUGGCAGUAGCAGUGUAAAUACCGGUGGUGGGUUACACGGUGGAAUAGGUGGUGGUAGUGGGAGCAACCAUAGUAUGAGUUCCCAGCAGCCUACGCCAGGAGCACAGAGUCAAGUUCAUGCCCAGCAGCAACCGACGAUAAGGCAAAAGGUCCAUUCUAGCAAUGUGACACCGUUAGCUUCUACUCCACCGGGCACCAGUCUGGGUGUCGGCAGCGGGUCCCAGCAGUUUCAGAGAUUAAAAGUGGAGGAUGCAUUGUCUUAUUUGGAUCAAGUCAAGUAUAAAUUUAGCGAUCAACCCCAGGUGUACAAUGAUUUUUUGGACAUUAUGAAAGAGUUUAAAUCGCAGAGCAUAGACACACCGGGGGUAAUAACGAGAGUGAGCCACUUGUUCAAAGGACAUCCCGAGCUCAUCGUCGGUUUCAAUACUUUUCUUCCACCCGGAUAUAAGAUAGAGGUGCAAGCGAACGAGCAGGGAUACGCGUUUCAAGUGUCGGUCAGUAUGCCGAGCCCGACAGCAACGCACACCGCCACUUUGUCUCAGCAUCACUGCACCGUUAACGUUGGUUCGCCUCCCGUUGCCAGUCCGCCGACGCAACCGGCGAAAGCUCCGCCAGUUUUACAAAUAAUGCAGGGAACCGGGAACAUACAUCACUCGCUGGCCAACAAUAUCUCUAAUAACAGUUUGACGGUGCACGCGCCUUCGCCACCACCGCCGGUACCGGCGUAUAAUAAUUCGCAUGUUAGCGCGGCUCAAGUACAGGCCGUGAGUCAAGCGUUGAGCCAAGCACAAGACGGUAUACCGACUAGCGGGCAAACUCAACAGAAUCAACCAAAUCGAUUCCAAGGCCAGCCGGACAAAUACAAGAGAUUUUUAGAAAUCCUCCAUACUUAUCAAAAGGAGCAACGGAAUCUGAAAGAGUCUGGACACAUGGGUGGCACGAGCGGCUCUGGCAUAUCCGGGGGUGUGAAACAUUUGACGGAAGCCGAAGUUUACAGUCAGGUCGCUAAAUUGUUCGAGAAUCAAGAAGAUUUGCUCGAGGAGUUUGGCCAGUUCUUGCCCGAUGCUACCAAUCAACAGAGUUCACUGAGCAACAAGACUACGAUCAAUGAUCACGCGCCGAUCGUGAAGAAACCAUUGGGACCUAAAGCACCUUACAAUAAUUCGGGGACUGUUUCUCGGGAUAUCCGUGAGUCGAGCGGCACCGGCGGUACGAUGGAACGUGAAAGUCGUGAUCACAGGGAUCGCGAACGAGAACGAGAUAGCAGAUCCGGUAUACGAGAUAUGAAUAGUGUACAAAAGUUUAGUCACUCUACGGGACAGUUGAAAAGAAGUCCGUCAUUCUCACCUUCGGUAACUGCCGCCGUCGCCGCCGCUGCCGCCGCCGGCAACUCCCACCAUAUACCGCACGGUCCGCCUCCGUUGAAGAAGCAUAAGGUGUCGUCUAUGCGCGAAUGCGUCACGAUAGCGGAAGCUGGAAAAUACGGCAGUCUCAACGAUUACGCUUUCUUCGACAAGGUUCGCAAAGCGUUGAGAUCGCAAGAGGUGUACGAAAAUUUCCUUAGGUGUUUGGUCCUGUUUAAUCAAGAGAUAGUUUCGAAAUCGGAGCUGGUGCAGUUGGUAACGCCGUUUCUCGGUCGAUUCCCCGAACUCUUGCGCUGGUUCAAAGAUUUCCUGGGCCAUUUGCCGGAAUCGUCGAACACGACGAACGCGGCGAACGCGAACAGCAGCGCGUUGAACGUAGAAGCGCUACCGAACAAUGUAGUGCGAAGUCAUCAAGAGCGACCGCAAGGCGACCUGGCGAUGGAAAUCGAUUACACGGCGUGCAAACGCUUAGGGGCGUCGUACUGCGCGUUACCAAAGUCUUAUGUUCAACCAAAGUGUACAGGAAGAACGCAAUUGUGCAAAGAAGUCCUCAACGACACGUGGGUUUCGUUUCCGACUUGGUCCGAGGACAGUACGUUCGUAACGUCGAGGAAAACGCAAUAUGAGGAAUUCAUUUACCGAUGCGAGGAUGAACGAUUCGAGUUAGACGGUGUUAUAGAAACUAACGCGUCGACCAUCAGAGUUCUCGAGGGUGUUCACAAAAAGAUGAACAGAAUGAGUCAGGAAGAGCUUCAGAAAUUCAAACUGGAUGACUGUCUCGGUGGCAGUUCUCCCACGAUUCAUCAGAGAGCUCUGAAGAGGAUAUACGGUGACAAGGCUGCCGAUAUCAUAGACGGUCUUAAGAAAAAUCCUGUGGUAGCCGUCCCCGUGGUCCUUCGUCGUCUUAAAAGCAAAGAAGAGGAAUGGCGGGAAGCGCAGAAGGGUUUCAAUAAAAUCUGGAGGGAACAGAACGAAAAGUACUACUUGAAGUCUCUGGAUCAUCAAGGCAUCAAUUUCAAGCAGAACGACGUGAAAGCCUUGAGGUCGAAGAGCCUGUUCAACGAGAUCGAAACGUUGUACGACGAGAGGCACGAACAAGUGGACGACGGGAACGGCGACGGACAAAAUAACACCGGCCCUCAUCUCGUGUUACCUUACAAAGAUAAAUCUGUCCUGGACGAUGCGGCGAAUCUUCUGAUUCAUCACGUGAAACGUCAAACGGCCAUCCACAAGGAAGACAAGCAACGAAUAAAGCUGUUGUUGAAGCAUUUCAUACCAGAUCUUUUCUUCCAUCCACGACAGGAAUUGAGCGAUGACGAGAGAGAUGAAGAUGACGAGAAGGAAGACCUGAACGUAGCCUGUAGCAAUUCGAGCCAGUCGGUAACGAUGAGUGCCACCACUCCGCUAGGCGGUGGACUCCAAGCGAACAGAAAUAAAACUUCGGUGUCUCCGAACGCGUCUUCCAACGCGUCGGUCAAGACCGAGCCCGAUGUCAAAGUACCGAUCCAUGCCAUGUCGAACGAUCCCGAGGAAGCGUACACGCUCUUCAUGGGUAGUAACAAUUGGUACCUUUUCUUGAGGUUACACCACGUACUGUGCGAAAGAUUAACGAAGAUGUACGAUCGGGCCGUGGCUCUUGCCGAGGAAGAAUCGCGGUACAAACAGCAGCGGAAAGAGAGUACGGCGGUCGCGCUGCGAUUGAAACCUAAGAACGAGAUUGAGAUCGAGGACUAUUAUCCUGCAUUUUUGGACAUGGUUAAGAAUGUCCUGGACGGAAACAUGGAGAGUACCGCUUAUGAGGACACGCUGCGAGAGAUGUUCGGUAUUCACGCGUACAUAGCUUUCACGCUGGACAAGGUCGUAACGUAUGCUGUCAGACAAUUACAGCAUUUGGUCUCGGACCCGAUAUGCCAGCAGUGUAUGGAACUAUUCCAACGGGAACAGCGGCAACCGAAAGAGAGUAGUGGCGCGGGUGGUUUAUGCGCUACCGCAUACAUGAGACUCGGUGCGGAAAUGUCGUAUCAGCGGAAAGCUGAGAAAGCUAUGGCCGACGAGAACUGCUUCAAGAUAUACAUUUACAAGAAGGACUGUAAAAUGACGAUGGAAUUGUUGGACACGGAAGGCGACGAGGCGAUGGACAACAGUUGUAGAGAAAGGGAAAGGGAAGGAGUUACGGUAUCUGGAAAAUGGUCUACGUAUGUUGAGAGGUUUUCUGCUCCCGCAGCUGGUCAGACCAGUCCGAAAGACACCCCUGCCUUAACAGACAAUGAGCCGACGACCAAUCAUCCUGUGAGUAACGACCAGGCAGGAAGGGGGGGGAGGGGCAGAAAGCGCAAGAACACUGACAUUAGCAAGAAGAUCGAUGGGAACGGUUGGAGUUCUUUAGGCAGAAUUUUGGCAGGACGUAAACCUGUGUUUCUUUACCGUAAUGUUAGACAAUGGAGAAAAAGAGCUGCGAGGAUGAUGUCGGCGCCCGUGGCCAAUACCGAUUCCGAGAAAGCUGCAGAGUCAACGGAGAAAGAGAAGUUGGACUCUAUGGAUGCGCUGCUGCAGCAACCAACUUUAAGAUUAGCAGAUUCCGGCGAUGCGGCGGACAUAAUCAAUUCCGACGAGACACAAUGCCGUUUCAAUCCCAACAGCUAUCAAAUGCUUUACGUCGCCAGUAAGGAAGCGUUCCUGUACAAACAGAAUUCCUUCAGCCGUGCCAGAGAGUGUCAUCCAACCGUAACGAAACACUUGAACUCUAAGUUCCAUCAAUGGCUCGCAUCCUGGGCAUCUAAAAACGUUGCGGACGUUCAACACCGAUUGUGCCAAGAUUGGUUGAUGGGACGUUACGAAAACUUGAUUCCUCAUAAGACGCGAGUGAUCACGGACAACGAUCAGACGAGAUCGCCUUAUCGACAAUACAAUCGUUACCGCGUGGAACGCUUACAACCAGACGGUCUUCUGACGGAACCGUGCGUGUAA